CCUUCCUCCUCCCCUCCCCACCUCGCGUCCUCGCCUCGCUUCGGCUCUCACCAACCAAACCAACAACCUCGCUCCGAUGGCCGCGCCAACGUCGUCGCAGCCGGUGGCGCGCGUCCUCCCCCGCGGCGGCGGCGGCGGGUUCCGCGCCUUCCCGGAGUCCGCCCCGGCUUCCCUCCGCUUCUCCGUCGGCCGCCGCCGCGCCGCUCGCCUAGAGGUGAAGGCGUCUGCAAAUGUAUUUGGGAACUACUUCCAGGUUGCAACUUAUGGAGAGUCUCAUGGAGGCGGUGUUGGUUGCGUAAUCAGUGGAUGCCCACCCAGAAUCCCACUUACUGAAGCAGAUAUGCAAGUAGAACUCGACCGGAGACGGCCAGGCCAGAGCAGAAUAACCACCCCAAGAAAGGAGACUGACACUUGCAAAAUUCUUUCAGGGACACAUGAAGGAAUGACCACUGGGACACCAAUUCAUGUUUUUGUCCCGAACACAGAUCAGAGAGGGGGUGAUUACAGUGAAAUGGCUAAGGCCUACAGACCUUCACAUGCAGAUGCAACUUAUGACUUCAAAUACGGUGUUAGAGCAGUGCAGGGAGGUGGAAGAUCAUCAGCAAGAGAGACCAUUGGAAGGGUGGCUGCAGGAGCUCUUGCAAAGAAAAUUCUUAAGCUCAAAUCUGGAGUAGAGAUCUUGGCGUUUGUGUCCAAGGUGCAUCAAGUUGUACUACCAGAAGAUGCCGUUGAUUAUGACACUGUAACAAUGGAACAGAUAGAAAGCAACAUUGUUAGAUGUCCUGAUCCAGAAUAUGCACAGAAGAUGAUUGAUGCAAUCGAUAAAGUACGAGUUAGAGGUGAUUCGAUUGGUGGUGUGGUCACAUGCAUUGCAAGAAAUGUUCCUCGUGGGAUUGGCUCUCCUGUAUUUGACAAACUUGAGGCUGAAUUGGCGAAAGCUAUGCUUUCUCUUCCUGCAAGCAAGGGGUUUGAGAUCGGCAGUGGAUUUGCAGGUACUGACUACACUGGAAGUGAGCAUAAUGAUGAGUUCUAUAUGGAUGAGGCUGGAAAUGUGAGAACAAGAACUAAUCGUUCAGGCGGUGUGCAGGGAGGGAUAUCAAAUGGUGAAAUUAUAUACUUCAAAGUAGCUUUCAAGCCAACCGCGACUAUUGGGAAGAAACAACAUACUGUUUCAAGGGAGCAUGAGGAUGUUGAACUUUUAGCAAGGGGCCGCCACGACCCAUGUGUUGUCCCUCGCGCUGUGCCGAUGGUGGAGUCCAUGGCCGCAUUAGUCCUCAUGGACCAGCUGAUGGCGCACAUUGCUCAAUGUGAGAUGUUUCCACUGAACCUUGCUCUACAAGAACCAGUUGGCUCUGCCAGCAGCGUACCUGCAUUUGCACCAGAUCUAUCAUAAUGCCCCCUCCCCCCCCCCCAGCUUGUUUAUCAUCUAUCAUAUUUCUGGGUUUUCUAAGGGGUUCGCAGUUUUGCCACAAAGCCUGUAUCCUAGUUUAUAUCUCGAGUUAUUGUACCCAAGGAAUCCGUUAUACAGUGAGCAUGAAGAUAGAAAUGCGUUCAUGCGUGUUUUGUGAUAUGGACAAUCUGUGCUUACAUCAGGUUAUUUUGAGCAAUAAAAAUCUCCAUUUAUGAAA